UCUAACAACAUGUUACACCAAAAUUUCGCCAAGUGACAAAACAUUAUAGAAUCUACAUUCUGUGUUCCUAGCAUAGGUGUCAAAUAGUUGGUUGCGUCUUGGUUAAGUAUAAGACUUUGAAGCCUUUUCCAUGGCCCCAAGAACCUACUUUUUUUAUCUGGUCCUCUCAAAAAGAAUAACUGUUCAUCUAAGUUAUUCUCAACUUUAUUAGUACUACUUUUCAUUCUUGUUAUUAUAAUUUAUAUGUCAAAAACAUAACACUCUAGUGUGUAGAAGAAUCAUCGUGAUGAAUCAAAACAUGGAACGCUACGAGGUUGUCAAGGAAAUUGGGUCUGGGAAUUUUGCUGUGGCCAAGUUGGUUAGAGAUGUUUUCACAAAAGAGCUUUUUGCUGUUAAGUUUAUUGAAAGAGGACAAAAUAUUGAUGAACAUGUUCAGAGAGAAAUCAUGAAUCAUAGAUCGUUGAAGCAUUCUAAUAUCAUUAGAUUCAAAGAGGUUCAGCUAACACCAACACAUCUAGCGAUAGUAAUGGAGUAUGCUGCAGGAGGAGAACUCUUUGAGAGGAUAUGUAGUGCUGGUAGAUUUAGUGAAGAUGAGGCAAGGUUUUUCUUUCAGCAAUUGAUAUCUGGAGUCAGUUACUGUCAUUCAAUGCAAAUCUGCCAUAGAGAUUUGAAGCUUGAAAACACACUCUUAGAUGGAAGCACCGCGCCACGAGUCAAAAUUUGCGACUUUGGUUACUCAAAGUCAUCUGUAUUGCAUUCGCAACCGAAGUCUACAGUAGGAACUCCAGCUUACAUUGCACCCGAGGUCCUAACUAAGAAAGAAUAUGAUGGAAAGGUUGCAGAUGUUUGGUCUUGUGGAGUCACUUUAUAUGUGAUGCUAGUUGGCGCGUAUCCGUUUGAGGACCCUGAGGAUCCCAAAAACUUUAGGAAAACAAUCAGUAAGAUACUCAGUGUCCAGUACAAAGUUCCUGAUUUUGUACGAGUUUCAUUGGAAUGUAUACACCUUCUUUCUCAAAUAUUCGUCGCUGAUCCUGAAAAGAGAAUUACGAUACCAGAAAUCAAAAAGCAUCCAUGGUUUUUGAUGAACUUACCAAUAGAAUUAAUGGAAGGUGGAAGCUGGCAAACCAAUGACGUAAAUAAUCCAUCACAAAGUGUUGAUGAAGUUCUAUCCAUCAUACAAGAGGCAAGAAAACCUCUUAACAUCCCCAAGCUUGGAGGCCUUCUUAGUGGAGAUAGUAUGGAUUUGGAUGAUUAUGAUGCCGAUAUCGAAGAUAUAGAAACGUUUGGUGAUUUUGUCUCCCCUCCUCUUUAAGUGUAUUCAUGAACAAAAAUCAGCACUGACAUCAGGUUGAAGAUGUGUUUUUGUAACCAGCACUUACACGACGACAACAACACAUGUGGUUAUAUUCAAUAAUGUCACUCUAUCAAAUUAUACUGGUACGUGUCAGCCUCAUAUCGUUAUAUUCAAUAACGACACUCUAUCAAAUUAUAAUGGUAUUGACGUGUCAGUGUCAUGUUUAGUAUUUAUGGUAGUAUCAGUGUUUUGUAAUGAAGAAGUUCCUUGUUUAUACGGCAACUAAUACGUGUGUAAGCAUUAUCAAAUUUUGGAACUUCGAGAUUAAAGUACCUCUUUGUAAAUAUGUAAAGUAUCCCAUGAACUUUUCCAAGGAAGAAAAUAUUUAGUAAAGCAAGUUGUGGAAUAAGUUUCUUAAA